GUUACACAAAUCGAGCUGGCGCCUGACACAGGGUGAUGGCGGCUGUAGUCAUUCUACUCACUUGGAGCGCAAUCUCAGCUACUAGUACAGCGCAUUCGACAGAGUCCCUACUUGACGCGAGGAACUUUACAUUUCGACUGACUUUGGCUCCCCGCCCAGACUACAUCCACAGCUCAGGUCGCAACCACACUCGUCGACGGUUUUACGUCACUCCGUUUUCCGAAUACUGGCCCCCAUGUCUGGAGAAGCACUGCCGCCCUGCGUACCCCCAGUGUCUCGACUUCUUUGGUGGUGACGGGUGCUUAUGCUACCCUGGCUUGCUUGGAUGUGCUUCGCCCGACUGCGGCGUCGAGUCCAUCGCUUCAGUGUACGAGUCUUGCGCCGCGUCGUUCAACCGGACCGAUACCCGCUGCGCACUCUCCUGUGAGCCUUCCCCCUAUCCCACGGUGCACGAGCCAACUCCUGACGAUAUUGAUUCACGACCAAGGAUGAGCUAUACCGUCAUGAUGACAUUGGAAAUCGAGGCCAUUAAUCAAAAUGAAAUCGCGGGGGCCGCCUUUGAAAUGGCCGACGCCGUUGCCCAAAUUAUAAAUGUGACAGACGUCACAUUGGAUCAUGUGACGUUAUCUACCAUCACAGCCACCGCAGAUGACCUGUCGCAAGUGUAUGUCAUCGUGAGUUGUCCGUCCCCUGAAGCCAUGAAUGCCACAUUAAACGCGCUCGAGGCCAUGGUUGGCGUCACCGGCUCCACACACCUGGGGGCUGCGCUAGUCGACUUCAACGUUCUAUUUGACGCGACUCAACUGCAAGUUCUGUCCGUGCAUGAAGCAGUUGAGGUGCAGACACAAUCACCGCCGCCGGUCUUCAUUCCCCCGAGCAGCGCCAUCGUGCCCCCACCGUCCCCUCCGCCUACCCAGCCUUCGAGUCAACUUGCACUCCCACCUGAGGCGAUCUUCGGCAUUACAUUUGGAGCUGCUGCAGUGUUGGUGGUAGCCAUUUCGUUCGGCUGCUGGUGGCGGCGGCGCAAUGGUGUGCACAGUGGUUACGUUCGUCACGGCGUCUAGUGUACCGUAGAGUAGUACUACUAGUAUACGUAUAGUACUACGUAAAAAACCAAUUUAGCGUUAACGUUAUGAUAACUUUUGA